AUGUCUUUAAGGGCUUCCGAGCCUCAAUGGUCCGAUGGGGAGAGUGUUAGUAAUGACACUUUCAAUGAAGAAUCGGUAGUAUCUACUCUUCUUUCUGAAGAAAUGAAGCCUUAUGAAAAGUGGGGCAUGAUGAAUAUGGCCUGCUUUGAUGGAAGCAGCAUAGAAGACAACUCAAAAUUCAAUGACCAAAUCACGAAGGAAAAUAUAAGAGCCUCAAUUCGAGAGCUAAAGGCACGAAAGCUGAUCUUGGAGUAUGAGAUUACUCAAAAGAACGAAUUAAUAUCGAAGAUGAGACAGUCUCAUUUACAGGAACGAAUAACAGCCGAUGAAAGCUUUGCAGAAUGGAAUCGGAAAUUGCAAGAAACUCUUGAUUUCAUCAGUGAUGAUAUUUCGACAUCGUUUGAUUUUGAAGAUGACACUCAACAAAUGCUGCAGAACAGCGCCAGUACUGAGAAGCCAAAGCCUUUCAAUUCAGAAACGCCCGAGAGAGAUCUAUUAUGGAUGAAACUCCAAAAGUUCAGAACAGUCUACUGUAAAAUUAUUCAAUACAUUGAGGUCAGAGAAAGAGAAAUUAAGCACAUGGAAUUGGAAGAGAAAUGUGAUAUUGAAGAAAUCCUUAAAUCUCGAAAUGUUCUUGAAAGAGAAAUGGAGCAUCUAAAAUCAAAAAGGAAAGACAUGGAAAGCGCCAUUGCCUCACAUUUUCAAGCAAUUAUUGAACUGAAACGAGAAAAUGAAUCCAAAAGGAAGAAUAUUGAAGCUCUAAAGGAAAAAAUUGAGCAGGUAGAAGAAGUAACCAAGCUCAAGGUUAGAGAACUAGCCAAAAAGUUGUUCAAAUAA